UUUAACUUUGCACAGUGCAGAGGAGAAGCCGCGCUGCCUCCGUCGGUUACCGUCGCAGAGCAGCGGGCAGUCGGUGGUUGUCGGUGUGGUCCGGAUUCCCUCCCUCCGCCUCCCGGUAUGUCACCGUCUGCCUUCCUGACCUGAAUAACAAAAACAAAACCCGGAACAAUUUCAAGAAUGGACCCGCACGAUGAUCUUCAGCAAACAGCUGUAGCGGAUGACGACAGCUCAGCUGGACCAGCAGAUGCUGCCCCGAGGAGGAGGAUGACAAGGACGCAGACUCUCACUCUGAUAUCGGUGGCAUCUGUCAACUUCAGCUCCAUGAUUUGCUACUCGAUAUUGGGCCCAUUCUUCCCGGCGGAGGCCUUGAAGAAAGGAGCCAGUCAGACUGUCAUUGGUCUCAUAUUUGGCUGCUACGCCAUCUGCAAUUUAAUCGGUUCAUUGAUCCUGGGAAAAUAUAUUGUCCAAAUCGGUGCAAAGUUCAUGCUCGUGACAGGACUUUUUGUGUCAGGAUGCUGCACCAUUUUGUUUGGAUUACUGGACCGGGUUCCUGCGGGAGCCACUUUCAUAACCCUGUGCUUUUUGGUGAGGUCCAUCGACGCCGUGGGCUUCUCCGCCGCAAUGACCUCCUCUUUCGCCGUGACAGUAAAAAUAUUCCCAAACAAUGUGGCAACUGUUUUGGGUAGUUUGGAGAUUUUCACAGGCCUUGGCCUCAUUCUGGGGCCCCCGGUUGGAGGGUGGUUCUAUCAGUCAUUUGGAUACGAAGUCCCUUUUAUGCUGCUUGGAUGUUUCCUGUUGAUCAUGGUUCCUUUCAACAUUUAUAUCUUGCCGACGUUAGACACAGACCCCUCGAAGGACUCGUUUUUCCGGCUUCUGACCCACGGGAGAAUAGUCCUGAUCUGCUACGUGAUAUUCACUCUUAGCGCAGGUCUGGGCUUCUUGGAUGCUACAUUGUCCCUGUACGCUAUUGAGACGUUUAGUCUCUCACCUGGCUACGUGGGAGUCAUCAUGCUUGGUUUGUCGCUGCCAUACUGUCUGGCGUCUCCGCUGAUCGGUUAUUUCACUGAUAAAUAUCCUGCCACUAGGAGCUGGUUCAUGGUCAUAGGAAGUAUCGCCACAGCCGUCGGGUUCAGUCUGCUCGGUCCCGUUCCUUUCCUUCACAUCCCGCGUCAGCUGUGGCUUCUGGUGCUCAUGCUCGCCGUAAUUGGGUUUUCCCUGGGCAUGACCGCAAUCCCUACGUUCCCUGAGAUCAUCAUGUGUGCAUAUGAACAUGGAUUUCAAGAAGGACUGAGUACUCUGGGAAUGGUGUCCGGGCUGUUUGGGGCAGUUUGGUCCAUGGGGAUUUUUUAUGGCCCAGUAGUAGGUGGUAUUAUCACACAACAUCUGAGCUUUGAGUGGGCGGCUGCCAUCCAAGGAGGCUUAGCGUUUUUUGGUGCCGUUUUCCUCGCUGUGUAUAAUCUCUGUCAACGACCACGACAAAGCGUUCCAGAAGUUGGGAGUAGACAAACGGAUGAAAUCACUCCUCUCCUGAAUCAAUGAAAGGAUGCUACACUGAACACAACCAUAUCCUAAUGUCUCACCUACUUGUGGGCAUAAGCUUUCAAGUUAAUGAAAUAGGUUUUUUUGUGUUAUAUUCUUUGUAAUAACUCUUAAAUUAUGAAUUCCUGUUUAGCAGUGAUUUUUACUUGGGUCUUGGGAACAUUUUGUUUUUCUGUACUAAUAUUGUUAUGUUUUUAUGAAAAUGUAAUUUCACAAAAUAAAGGUGCUUUUGUUCUGAAGCUCUGCUGUAUGAAUGAUCUGAGGUUUUCUACGACACAUGACUUGGAUUUCACGGUGAGGUGACACAGGUCAAGAGCUGCCGGUCCCCACACACACACACACACACACACAGUAACAUGAAAGUGUGUUAACACUGUCUUUGAAGCAAUGCAUUGUAUUUACCCUGUGCGCUGCCGUAGCCUGGAGCAGGGUAUUGUUCACCCAUCUGUGUGUGUGUCUCACAUGUGACACUAUUACAGAGCAGGACCAGUGUUAAGCCUGCCUGCCUGUUGCAGUGUUUUCCAUUUAAUUUCCCAGACUGUGGCAGGUCUCCAUAGUUUAAUUUGUUUAGUUUCAUAAUGAUCCGCACAUUUUCAACACUUCUCAUGAAGCAUUUAUGUAUGUGUGACUUUGUGUAGGAUUUAUAUAGAAAGAAAAAACAUACUCAGAAAUUAAUGAUCUGUAUUUUCAUAGUUGUGAGGAAAUGACGUAUAUAAACUGUUAAUCUCUUACAGGCUAAGAAAAUAGAACUACAGUAUUACAUUGGCAGUAAAAAUGUACAUUAUUAUUGUCUCAGUCACUUUUUCAAAUGUAAAACAUGAAAAAAGAAUUCUCAGAUUUGUACAAUUCUUGAUAGCAAGACAUUUUUACAAACAAAAUUUGACGUUGCCUUGAUUUGUAAGUACAAUACAGAAUAUAAACAUACUGAACCUCCUCAUAUUGUUAAAAUAAAUGUCGAACUGUUAAAAUUCAA